CACUUUACCAUCUGGGACUAGAGCUUUCUCCCGAAAAAACGAAAUUCUAGAAAUUUUUCAAGAUACCCUCAAUACUUCAUAUUGCUUUUUUACGGAUGGUUCCAAAACUACUAACGCUGAAUUUACAGGAUUUUCGAUAUAUUCACUGGACCAAACUUUUAAACUUGAAUUUCGAUCUACUGGCUACUCUUCAAUAUUCUCUCUGGAAGCUAUGGCAAUAUUAGAAACGAUAAAUCAAGCUAAUAAACAUAAUAUCAUUAAUUUUACAAUUUUUUCAGAUUCUAAAUCUGUUCUGACGGCUCUACAGAACAUAAGUUGCAAUAAUAAAUCUUCUCAUUUAUUACUCGAAAUAAGACAUCAAAUUAAACUUAUAAAUGAAAGUAACGGAUCAGUUAAAUUAGUUUGGAUACCAAGUCAUUGCGGGAUCAAGGGUAAUGAAAUGGCUGAUGCAUUGGCCAAAGAGGCUCCUAAAUUUGGAAUAGACUAUCCAAUUAAUACGUCUAUCAGAGAUUUUAAAGCAACUUGGAAGAAUGAGCUAUUCAAAUCGUUUUCCAAAUGGUGUAAAGGAAAAAAUAAUAAAAAUAAGGCUUCUUGUUACAUGGAAAACUACUGGACAGACAAUAGAUCUCCCUGGUUCGAUCAAUUCAAUAUCUCGCGUAAAGGCAUUACUUCAAUAUGUAGAAUGAGAUGUGGACAUACAUCCUUAAAUGAAAGCUUCUCCAAGAUUCUCCAUAGUGCCUUCCUCGAGAUGUCCCAAUUGUGACAGUCCGGAAACGUUAGACCAUGUGUUCUGGGAAUGCAGUCGUUUUGAUAAAGAAAGAAUAGUCUUUUCUCGCCAAGUAUCCUCCUCUCUAAAUACUUUUCCAUUCCCAAUCAAGUCUCUGCUAACUCUUGUUUAUGAUGAACACAUUGUAAGAGCGAUGGAUCAUUAUAUUAAUGAGAUUAAGUGUAAUAUCUAAUAUUAGCCCGUCUAUAUUGGUCUAUUUAUCAAUAACUUUUCAUAUCAUUAGUAGUUUAGUCUUAAUCAUAUAUGAUUACCUAAG